UAAAACAGAAGAAGAAAGCCCUGUUUGGAAACAAUAACAAAAAGAACAGGGAGUAUCUAUCCUACGCUACGAACACUCUCUGAAACAAGAAAUGAGUGUAGUAAACAGUAGAACGCUACAGAUUCAACGCCCAGAUAUCUCCCAAAUUCAUAAUCAAAAAAUUUCCCACGUUCGCAAAUGUUGUAAUAAUCAACUUUCAGUUUUGACCCCAAGUCGCUCCUUCAAAUCCUUUUUAGAGUUGCGAUCUUUGGGUUUUUCAAUGCCAUUAAAACCGAAUUUUCACUGUGGGAGUUCAAGAUUCUUGGUGAGCAGAUGCGAGUCCCAGAAGUUCUCUGAUUCUUUGGAACCGGAUCAUGAUCAGAAUUAUGUGACCGACUCAAGUCAGAUGGUAGAGCAGAAGAAGGCUUCUAUAGUGGAUAUGUUGGAGCAAUCAAAUUCCCUUUUGCCUCACAUAGUCCUUGCUAGUACAUUGGUGGCUCUUGUCCAUCCCCCCUCUUUCACGUGGUUUACCACCAGGUAUUAUGCUCCUGCAUUAGGGUUUUUGAUGUUUGCAGUUGGGAUUAAUUCCAGUGAAAAGGAUUUUCUUGAAGCGUUCAACAGACCAGCAGCUAUAUUGGCUGGGUAUGUUGGCCAAUUUGUUGUGAAGCCAAUUCUUGGAUAUCUGUUUGGUAUAAUUUCAGUGUCAGUAUUUGGGCUUCCUACUCCAAUAGGUGCUGGGAUCAUGUUGGUAUCUUGUGUUAGUGGGGCUCAGCUUUCAAAUUAUGCUACUUUUCUGACAGACCCUCCAAUGGCUCCUCUAAGCAUUGUCAUGACAUCAAUGUCCACGGCUACUGCUGUUUUUGUUACUCCAUUAUUAUCUCUAUUGCUCAUUGGAAAAAGACUGCCUGUUGAUGUGAAAGGAAUGGUAUCCAGUAUUAUGCAGAUCGUAAUUGCUCCAAUUGCUGCAGGCUUACUUCUAAACAGGUUGUUUCCGCAGAUUUCUGAUGUUAUUCGGCCAUUUUUGCCACCACUAUCAGUACUAGUAACAGCUUGUUGUGUUGGAGCACCACUUGCUAUUAAUGUUGACUCAGUUAUGUCCCCUUUUGGAGUAACCAUAGUAUCGCUUAUUAUUGCAUUUCAUCUAUCAGCAUUUGUAGUUGGUUACUAUUUCACUGGUUUUGUCUUCCACAAGGCAUUUGACCUGAAAGCACUGCAAAGAACACUAUCCUAUGAGACAGGUACCAUCUUUGUUUUCAACUCGGUCGUUUUGUUGUGGAUCAUACUCUUCUAGUCUAGCUCACAAUAUUUUCCUUUG